AUGGACGAAAUCGACCCAAGCGAAAUGUGGACUGCUGAGGAAAGAGACGAGUAUUUCGCCGAAAUGGAGGAUAGUCCUCUCUUGAUGGACAAAGUCACGGACGAAGAUCGUAAACAUAACACGAAUAUUCAGGCACUGGAGAGUAUCAUUCAGGACAACCGUUCGAAUGAGGAGAUGGUUGAAGAUUUCCAGCACGAGGCGAAGCUUAGUUUUGCAAAGGGAAGAUGCAUGUAUACAAAGGCGUACACACAAUUCAAGAAGGCUGCCUAUUACGCGGAGCUUCUCGAGAAAACUCCCGAAAACCUCCAUUUGCUGGCGACUCUGUACGCCAACUGCUCCCUGAUCCAGCUAAAGAAGGAAAACUUCCGCACCUGUCUGAACGACUGCAAGAAAGCGCUCGACAUCGAAGUACGCAUUAUUUCACCCUUUUUCCCCCAGCCUCGCUACAAGAAAGUGCUCUACCGCAAGGCCAAGGCUCUCGCGGGUCUCAACGAUCUCCCCGGCGCCUUGGCGUGCUGCGCUCUGAUUUUGGAAGACGAGCCGGACAAUGUGUACACGCUCAAGCUGAAAACCGAGUGCGAAUCGCGUCUGCACAAGGAGCAGAAGCGGAACGAGGAGAUCGCUCGGAGUGAACAGCGCAAAGAAGCGGAGCAGCAGUUGGUUCGCAAGACGAUGGAUGCUCGUGGGUACAAGCUGGGUCCCACCAUGUAUCAAUACCCCGACGGGUACAAAACGCCGUUCGCUGUGAAGGAGGACGAGCUGAUCUUCCCGAUGCUGAUCCUCUUCCCUGAGCACACGCAGUCCAACAUCGUGCAGGGCGUCGCGGAGUCCGACACGUUCGCCGAUAUCCUCUACACCAUCCUUCCCUCCGCGCAGGGACACCAGGAAUACAUGCCUUGGGACGAGGAGAAGCAGUACACCGUCAGCAACGUGGAGGUCUGGUUCCAGGAAUUCCUCGUUCUGCCGUAUCCCAAAGAAGGCGCCGUGAGCGACGAUUCGCUGCGACAGCACUUCCAGAAGCAGAGGUACGUCCGAGCCAACCGGAAUUUCCCAGUUUCGGAAGUGUUGCGGUAUGCGAAUUAUGUAAUUCCAGGAAUUCCCGUGUUUUCUGUCUAUGCGAAGAACGCGGACGCCGCCAGGCGGUGA